AUGAUCAAUAGUAUGGCCUCGAAGCGCAAUUCGCGAGCUUUCGUGGACGACCACACGCACAUCACAAGAGGCCAACAAAUACCCAACAACACACAGUUCCGAUCCAGACAAGGAUCUCGCAGUACCUCGAAAGAAGACAUGAAGCAAGAAGUCGAGGAAGUCACCAACAUGAACCGCUCCCAGAGCAUCACCGCCGUCGCAAUGGAAACUUCUCUAUCAGCACAAACUAGCGACAGUGACUCACGCUCUUCAUCCAUAUCACGAGGCCGAAUCCAGCCAUCAGAGCACGUCAAAUCUUUCGAUGGCCGACCUUUCAACUUUGGAAUUGUGAUUCCUGGUGUUUACCGGAGCAGUUUCCCAAAGUCCCACGAUUUCGAGUACAUUAAGGGCUUGGGAUUGAAGACCAUUGUCUCGCUUGUCAAGAAGGAUGAACUUGACCACGACCUCGAAACCUUUGUCACCCGCGAGGGCAUUCGACAGGUUAAUUUCAACAUGAAGGGCACCAAGAAGGAGGCUAUCCCACUAGAGACUAUGAAGGGUAUCCUCGACGUCGUUCUCGACAAGUCAAACUACCCCCUUCUUAUCCAUUGCAACCACGGAAAGCACCGAACUGGAUGUGUCGUCGCUAUUGUACGAAAAAUCACCGGCUGGGACAUCGCGAGGGUCGUUGCAGAGUACAACACCUACGCCGAGCCCAAGGCUCGCGAAUGCGAUGUCACAUACAUCCAGGGUUUCGAAGUCUCAAGUCUGGUCCUCUCCAACACAUUGCAAAGAGAUCCCUACUCAAGACGCGCCCGAGUUCAAUCACGCACCUUCUUUCGGGCCGUCGUCUUCUCUACCUGUGUGAUGCUCGUGUGGCUCAUGUCUGGAUUAAGGAUGAACAGCAUCACAAAAUCAGGCCCUCUCUAA